AAUACGUAAUAAAUACAAUUUCAAAAUAUAAAUAACAAAUAAAUCAAUCAUUUCAUGUUUGAUGAUUAUUUACAUAAAUAUAGCUCAUUAUUUUAAGGGGUGAUGGUGUUAUCGAAGUAUCCAAAAAUGAAUUAAAUAUAAUAUUUAACUACGCCAAAAUAAUGCCUAAGAUACCUUAUAAACCUGAAAAGGGUCGUGAAGAAGACGAGGAUUAUGAAAUUGUAUCUUUUGAAGACUUUUGCGAUAAGCCUCCAGGAACGAGUACCGAUUUAUUGACUUUAAAUGACAAUAUUAACUAUCGACUUCAUUAUGAAACCGACAAGGCUUCAAAUUUUCCUGAGGCCGGUGAACCAUCAACUCGAGAUAUUGGGAUGCACACGGAAACUUCUUUAAACGGUCCCAAAAAUGCGUCGUACAAAAGAAAAUUGUCAUUUGCACCGUUCGGCAGAACCGAUAAAAAUAGCCGCGGUCCAUUAUUCAGUGGAGUUAUACCGAAACCUAGAAAUGAAGGGGAAUCUAGGGAACACAGAUACGAACGUUUCUCUCCGCGUGGCGGUUGGCUAGCGCGUACCUGGGAACAGCUAGGGAAUUUGUUACCUGGUAUGCUAGCUACGGCGUUGUUGUGCGCGUUAUGCGUGGGCGCAUGGUGGGCGGUGGGCGGAGCUCUAAGCGGCAGCUGGGGAGAUGAUCACUACAGACGUCUCUACGAACGCGCUCAUCCAGAUGACAUAAAAAAACCACUGUCGCCUGUAAUUGAGAAGAUUAUUCCGACUGAGAACCGCUACCACGACCACAACAAUUUGUCAACCAAGAACAAGAACAUCACAGAAGCGUCUUAUAAGAAGGAUAAUAAGAAAAGUGACUACGGCGAUUUGGAUCAUCAGUGUGGUGAUGUAUCAGACAGCAUGAGGUUCGACUGCCAUCCGCAGGGGGGCGCCAGUGAGGAAGCUUGUACCAAACGGGGUUGUUGUUGGGGUGCGACCGCUGUGCAGGGUGCUCCAUACUGCUACUACCCUAAACACUACCCGAGCUACCGCUUCAUGAACAGCACAGAGAACAAGCACAGCAUGACCGUGUACUACGCUCACGGGCUGGAUACAGGGUACCCUGGACAGUGGGGAACUGUCAUGGUGACCUUCAACUACCUGGCCGAUGAUGUCCUGCAGAUUAAGAUAACCGACGCUAACAACAAGAGGUUCGAACCCCCGUACCCCGAGGUGCCGGUGGUGUCGGGGCGGGUCACCAGUCUCCAGUACCGAGUGCUGGUGGACAGUGCCGCCGUCGGCUUCAAGGUCAUCAGGACUGAGGACAACGUCACCAUAGUCGACACUCAGAACGUGGGUGGUUUGAUAUUAUCGGAGAAAUUCCUUCAGUUAUCGUCAGUACUGCCCACGGACCGCGUGUACGGCUUGGGAGAAAAACAGGCGCCGCUCCUGAACAACUUCAAUUGGAACACCUUCACGCUGUUCAACAGCGACAUGCCGCCCAUAGAGAAUAAAAGUCUCUAUGGGACUCAUCCUUUUUACCUGGCGUUGGAGAGAAAUGGGAAGAGUCAUGGGAUGCUCCUGUUGAAUUCGAACGCUAUGGACAUAGUCCUCCAACCGUCUCCGGCUAUAACGUACCGCGCCGUGGGCGGCGUCCUAGACUUCCUGGUGAUGAUGGGUCCUUCGCCCUCGCAAGUUGUAUCUCAACUCACGAGCCUUAUCGGCAGACCCUUCAUGCCGCCGUACUGGGCGCUCGGAUUCCAUCUGUGCAAAUACGACUACGGCAGCCUCAACACCACCCGCCAGGUCAUGCAGAGGAACAUCGACGCCGGGAUACCGUUGGACGCCCAGUGGAAUGACCUGGACUACAUGAGCACUGCGAACGACUUCACGUACGACAAGAAGAAGUAUGAAGGCCUGCCGCAGUUCGUUGACGACUUGCAUCAGAAAGGAAUGCACUACGUAGUGCUCGUCGAUCCCGGGGUGAGUGCGUCCGAAACUCCGGGCAGCUACCCGCCUUUCGACCGGGGAUUGGAAAUGGACGUGUUCGUGAAGAACUCCACCGACCAGCCCUUCGUGGGGAAGGUCUGGAAUCCAAAGUCGACGGUGUGGCCGGACUUCACCAACCCCAACGCGUCGGUUUACUGGAAGGAAAUGUUGGAAGAGUUUUAUAAACUGGUUAAAUUCGACGGAGUGUGGAUCGAUAUGAACGAGCCGUCCAACUUCCUGUCAGGGUCUAUGUACGGUGAAUGUGACCCCGAGGACCUUCCCUAUACCCCCGCGGAGACACCUCAGGAGGGUCUCAAGUAUAAGACCCUGUGUAUGGACGCCAAGCAUUACGCGGGGAAGCAUUACGACGUGCACAACGUCUACGCCAUGGCGGAGGCCGUGGUCACAUUCAAUGCUAUGCGUGAGGUCCGUGGUAAGCGUCCGUUGGUGUUGUCUCGAGCGUCCAGUCCCGGCCUGGGAAGAGUUUCUGCCCACUGGAGUGGAGACGUCUACAGCAAAUGGCACGACCUCAAGAUGUCUAUACCCGCCCUGCUGAGUUUUAGCUUGUUCGGCGUGCCACUGAUGGGUUCCGACAUCUGCGGCUUCAUCGGCGAUACUUCUGAAGAGCUUUGCAAGAGAUGGAUGCAGCUUGGAGCUUUCUAUCCAUUCUCACGGAACCAUAAUUCCAAUGAAGCCAAGCCCCAGGAUCCCGUGGCCAUGGGAGCGGGCGUGGUGCGAGCGAGUAGAAAUGCGCUCCGCACGAGGUACCGAAUGCUGCCAUACUAUUACACACUCUUCUGGAAGGCCCACGUGGCGGGGGAAACGGUCGCCAGGCCGCUGUUCAUGGAGUUCCCAUCUCUGAGUAAAGUCCACUCAAUCGAUGAGCAGUUCAUGUUGGGUCCGCACGUGUUGGUGAGCCCUAUACUCACCCCCGGCAACUCGACCACGGCGUUGUUCCCCUCCACCACUUGGUACAGCUUCCUGGAUGGAAGAUACCUGGCCAGAGACCGAUGGAUGGAAAUCGGAGAAGGGGAUAUCAUAUCCAUCAGGGCGGGUGCGAUCCUUCCACUCCAAGAGCCGCCGUCCAAGGGACCCGUGAACACGGUCGUGAGCCGCAGCGGCCCUCUCCAGCUGUUGGUGGUUCCCGAUAAAGAAGGAGCGGCUCACGGGCAGCUCUACUGGGACGACGGAGACAGCAUCAAUACCUAUGAAGAGAAAAAAUAUAGCCACAUCGAUUUCGUUGUAAAAAACAAUGAGCUACAGAAUAUAAUACAGUGGUGGGGAUAUGGGGUUCCAUCUCUCAACUCUAUCUCCAUACUGGGGAUGAAGCCCUUAAAGUCCUUGACCAUCAACGACAUCCCCACCAAAUACACAUAUAUUAACAAAACUCAAGUCGUUACUAUUUCUUCCAUAAAUCUGCCCUUAGAUAAAACAUUUCGUGUAAAAUGGACCUACCAAAAAACAGGAAAAAUAUAAUUCUUAUUGCAUUUCGUAGCGAAAAUUAUAUUUUUUAAAAUUUUUGCUAAAGGUAAGUGUAUUUUUAAUUGCCAUAUCUUGGUGGAUAUAACUACAAAGUGUCGCGAUUGGUUCAAUUUGACCGUGGCUUUUGUACUUUGCCACAAUUUGUCACAAAUGCCAUGUAGUGAUAUGAUACAAUGCCAUAGGAUUUUUUUAUCAAUAUGACCAAACUCCCUGUCAUAAAUAAAUGUAAAUUUUGAUAAAUUACAUGUCAAGUGACACACGUUUUAGUAGAUAGAUCAUAUCUCAUCAAAUAAAACUAUAAUCUUAAUAAAAUAAAUAAAUUUUAUUAUAUGUUAAAGUAAAUUUAAAGAGACAUACUUGAAAGAAAGAUCUCAUAUAAUUUAUAAGGAAAUUAUGCCAAUUAUACCAAAAAUAUAUAUACCUAUUGUAAUUAUAUUUUUAGUACAUAAUGUAAGUAUGAACUUAAAUUGAUAUUUGUUAUUUCAAAGGAUUCGAUGUGAGAUAGAAAAACUUCUCAUUAUAAUACAAAUUUCAAAUACAGUUAGGCACAGAUUGGAAUUAAUCUUAUAGUAAAGGAAUAGGAAUGGUGUAUUUUUCAUAGUCCUGUGUACACCGUAGUACUUCCUAUUAGUACCUUUAUUAUAAUUUCCAUUCAAAUGUAGUAGAAUACAAUUUUAAUGUAUGUGGUGUUAAAAAUAAUUAUCGUAUAGUAAAUCUGUGCUUUGAGCGUAUCGAUGUGUGCCAAUCACCUGCUGCAUGCCUUUUAUAUUAUUGAAGGGCUGUUAUAUAUUAGUUUACCUCCUCAUUAGAUGUAUCUUUACUUAUACAAUAAAAUGUGUAAAAUGUUUGUUGCCAGCUUUGUUAACCGUUUGUAUAAUAUAGGUCAUAGAUGUAUUAUUUGAUAUUCAUUUCAAGUUAUCUGUGAUGUUUUAACUUCUGAUUCAAUAUGUUGUGUAAUUUUAUUAAUAAAAACAUAUAUGUACAUAUAUAUAAAAUUAAAAAAUUGUAUGUAUGUACUAUCAAAAUAUUAAUUAAUUUUAUAAGUGUGAAUUUUUUAGCCUGAAUAUUUCUGACUUAUGGCAUAUUUGACUUAUUUGCUCACUGCUUUUCUGAGUAUUGUCCUUUUUAAAUUGUUUUAUAUAUGAUUGCUAAUUAUGGAAUUGAUUUAGAACAAUACUAAUGUUUUUUGUUUAUGCAUUUUUCUAUACACUCUCUUCAAAUAUAAUGUAUAGCUCAAU